AUGGGGGACUGGCAGCUGCUGGGGAGGCUGCUGGAGAGCAGCCAGGAGCACUCCACCGUGGUGGGCAAGGUCUGGCUGACGGUGCUCUUCGUCUUCCGCAUCCUGGUGCUGGGGGCCGCGGCGGAGAAGGUCUGGGGGGAUGAGCAGUCCGGCUUCUCCUGUGACACGAAGCAGCCCGGCUGCCAGAGCGUCUGCUACGACCAGACCUUCCCCAUCUCCCACAUCCGCUUCUGGGUGCUGCAGAUCAUCUUUGUCUCCACCCCGAGCCUCAUCUACCUGGGCCACAUCCUGCACCUGGUGCGCCGGGAGGAGAAGGCGUGGGCAGCCGGGGGGGUGGCUGGGGAGGCCGCCGGGAGCCCCGGUGCCCACCCCGGGACCAGCGGCGUGCCCACACGGGGCACGUGCAGCCGGAUCCACCUGCGAGGGGCCAUCCUGCGGACGUACAUCUGCAACAUCGUCUUCAAGGCCCUCUUUGAGGUGGGCUUCAUCCUGGGCCAGUACGCCCUCUACGGCCUCGAGCUGAAGCCCCUCUACACCUGCAGCCGCUGGCCCUGCCCCAGCACCGUCCACUGCUACAUCUCCCGGCCCACCGAGAAGACCAUCUUCAUCCUCUUCAUGCUGGCCGUGGCCUGCCUCUCCUUCCUGCUCAAUGUGGUGGAGAUGCUCCACGUGGCCGCCACCAAGUGCCGGCCCAAGCCCGGCUCCACGGCCAACGCCCCCGGCCGAGCCCGGCCCCUCCGCCCUAGCCGCACCCCCCCGGACAGCCGCUCCCCGCAGGAGGCCGAGCAAGCCCGCCCUGGUUCGGAGGCAGCCAGCCCAAGUCCCACCAGGGUGGGGGGCCAGAAGCGGGGCAGCAGGUCCAGCCAGAAGUGGAGGCCCAGCGACCUGUCUGUCUAG